GCAUCUGUCUGGAGGAGCUGGACAGGUGUCUCAAGGAGACAGAUGGGCAGCCCUUCUUCUUGGCAAUGCUGGGAGAAAGGUACGGCUGGAUCCCCUCCAUCCAGGACGUCUCGGAGGAGAUCAGGGAAAAGUACAGCUGGGUGGACCACCUGUCAAUCACCCACAUGGAGAUAGUCCGAGGUGCUGUUCGCUCCAACAACCCCAACGCCGCGUUCUUCCUCAGGGAUCCUGACUUCCUGAAGGACUUACCUCAGGACCAGCUCGCCAACUUUGUGGAUACGGCGGAACUUAAUACUCAGCAACAAAAGGAACUGAAGUCUCGUCUGAAGGCAAGGUUUCCUGACCAGGUGUUUGACUACACCAGCAGUUAUGAUGGAGAGGCAGGAGACAAGGUGCAGCUUUCGGGUCUAGAAGAAUUCUGCAAGCGAGCAGUGAAGUUCCUGAAAACUGCCAUUGGUAAUAGAUACCCCGAGUCCAGAGGAGAGCUGCCUUCAGACAGUCAAGCCAUCCUACCACACAUUGCCUUCAUUGAAGAAAAGGGCCGUUUCUUGACUGGUCGUGAUGCGGAGAUACAGAAAGUCCUGGACUUUGCCACAAGUGAUAUUACCAAAGCCCCACAGACGUCAGGAGAGCCUGCAGACCGUACAAUGUUGGUCGUGUUGGGGGACUCUGGAACAGGGAAGUCAUUCUUCAUGUCCAAAUGUGCAACAGAGAUAAGACAGAAAACAGACAACUUCCUGUAUCAUUUUGUGGGCUGUUGCCCCGAGUCCAUUGAUCCUGUUAACAUCCUGCAAAGGCUCUGUGGUCACAUGGCUAAUCAAGUACCAGGGGAGGCUGUGGAGGGGAUCUCCUCUAUGUCAUACGUCCAGCUCCAGAAUCUGUUUCACCUACUCCUGGAAAAAACCUCCAACAGGGAGGACAGGCUGGUCGUCUUGAUUGACGGUCUUAAUCAGGUAUCAGACCAUGGAUCACCAACGUACCUUGAGUGGCUGCCAACAACUUUUCCCAGCAACCUGCGAUUCAUCAUCAGCACAACAUCAGACCCCGCUACCUUACAGAGGUUGAGAGGAAGGCAGUCUCCCCCUCAUGAGCUGAAACUGCAUGUUCUUGGUCAGGAAGCAAGGCAAAACAUUGUCAAAACAUACUUCAAGCAGUACAAUAAGAUCCUAGACGAUGAGCAGCUGGAUCUCCUGACGUCAUCAGCAGGUGCAGGCAAUCCUGUCUGGCUGGCCAUGGCGUGUGAGGAACUCAGGGUGUUUGGAGACUUCAGCAGGUUGACAGAGAAGAUUGACUCUCUCCCUGCCUCCCUGGAGGGCCUCAUGAACAUGCUGAUUUCCAGGAUUGUCACAGAGGAUGAAACUGGGUACAUUGCACAGAUGCUGUGUCUGAUCGAGUGCUCCCAGCAUGGUCUGCAGGAGUCAGAGCUACAGAUGUUGCUUGGCGACCCUCAAAUGGCCACGCCCCUCCCAGCGCUGACGUGGGGCCAGGUGCUGAGAACCCUGAAGCCUUUCCUGAGAAACACGGCGGGACAUCAGAACCUCCCGCUCCUGGGCUUCUUCCACGAGUCCGUCAGCAAGGUUGUACAGAAGAGUCUACUCGGCACUCAAACAGUUCAACAAAGUUACCACAAAUGCCUGGCAGACUACUACAAGGAUCAGUGUGCUGACCAGCAGCUGGUGGUCACAAACCUGCCCUACCAUCUGCAGGAGGCAGGACUGGAAGACAGACUUGCAGACUUCUUAAAGAACAACAAGGACAUCACAGAAAAGCACCGAUGAUCACUCAAAGUCAACCAAGAAAAUAUCAUAAUGCCAGCAUAAAAGUUGCAACUCUAUUUUUUAUACCUUUUGAUUUGUGACUUCAAGUUGAUGUGGAACUCCAUAAUUUUCAUGUAAUCUGACCCCACAGAAAAUCCCAAAGCUUGUAUUGUUGUUGUCAAUCGCAUUUUUUGUUUCAUAAAGAAUUUGUAACAAAUACAAAAGAGCAUGGCUUGUUUUCAUAUUUUGUAUUUUCUAAUGGGAAAGUUAUGUUUAUAUAAUGUAAGAUGUUAUUGGCAUGUAAAUGAAUAUUAUGUAUUUUUAUAUGACAGAAUAUAAAGUCUUUGAACACAA